AUGUCAGGCAAUGAGCAAAAUCAAGACAUUCUUCAACAACAACUCAAAGGAAAGAAACUUUCUGGCAAAACGUUAAAACGACAUGACUCUUUAGAGUUGGAAUCUAGCAAGGUCCCCGUGGCUAAAAAGGCAUUAGAGUGGUCAGUGAUACUGAAAUUGGCGUUUCAGAGCAUAGGGGUGGUGUAUGGAGAUAUUGGAACGUCACCAUUGUUCGUGUUUGCAACCGUUUUCCCAAAUGGUGUAAAAUUGGAAGAAGAUAUACUUGGAGCAUUAUCCCUUAUCUUUUACACUAUCACCUUGAUCCCUCUCAUCAAAUAUGUCUUCAUUGUUCUUCGAGCUAAUGACAACGGAGAUGGAGGUACAUUUGCUUUAUAUUCAUUGAUAUGUCGUUAUUCUAAGGUGGGAUUAAUUCCGAGUCAACAACCUGAAGACAAAGAUGUGUCGACUUUUAAACUUGAUUUGCCAGAUAGACGUACACGUCGAGCUUCAAAGCUUAAGUCAAAGCUAGAAAGCAGCAAUUUUGCAAAGUUCUUUAUGCUAAUUGCCACAAUGCUUGGUACUUCCAUGGUUAUUGGGGAUGGCAUCCUCACUCCCUGCAUUGCAGUUUUGUCUGCUGUUGGAGGACUCAAAGCAGCAGCUCCCUCCGUCUUGACCGAAGAAAGACUUAUUUGGAUUGCAGUAGCCAUCUUGAUAUUGUUGUUUAUGUUUCAAAGAUUUGGAACUGAAAAUGUUGGCAACACUUUUGCGUCUGUACUUAGUUUGUGGUUCAUUUUCAUUGCUGGUAUUGGCAUUUACAACAUUGUGAAGUACGAUCCAACUAUUAUAAGAGCUCUUAAUCCUAAAUACAUCAUAGAUUACUUCAAGAGAAACAAAAAGAAUGCUUGGAUUUCUCUUGGAGGCGUAGUUAUGUCCAUAACAGGAGGCGAAGCACUAUUUGCAGAUGUUGGUCAUUUUAGUGUUCUAUCUAUACAGAUAAGUAUGUGUUGUGUGACUUACCCAGCCCUCAUAUUAGCGUAUCUCGAUGAUGUUGCUGAUACUUUCUACAAGUCCAUACCUCAUAGUUUAUAUUGGCCAGUAUUUAGCGUGGCAGUGUUGGCUGCCAUCAUUGCAAGUCAAGCCUUGAUUUCGGGAACUUUCUCUAUAAUCCAGCAAUCUCUGGCGUUAGGAUGCUUUCCUCGUGUUAAAGUUGUGCAUACAUCAACCAAACAUCACGGACAAGUCUACAUUCCUGAAAUCAAUAACCUUCUCAUGUUGUCUUGUGUCAUUGUCACUCUUACAUUCAGGACUACUGAAAAGAUUAGCAACGCGUAUGGAAUAGCUGUGGUGUUUGUGAUGGUACUAACAUCGUGCUUCCUCGUGCUCGUUAUGAUCAUGAUUUGGAAAACUAACAUUCUUUUUGUAAUCAUCUAUGUUCUAAUCAUUGGCACGGUUGAACUCAUCUACCUAAGCUCAGUUCUUUACAAGUUCGAUCAAGGUGGUUUCCUUCCACUGGCUUUCUCUAUGUUCCUAAUGUUUAUCAUGUACGUAUGGAACUAUGUGUAUCGAAAGAAGUACCAUUUCGAGCUAGAACACAAGAUCUCUCCCUUGAAAGUUAAAGAAGCAGUGGAUGAAACAAAUUAUCAUCGCCUACCUGGCCUUGCAAUUUUCUAUUCUGAACUUGUCCAUGGAAUUCCACCAAUCUUCAAGCAUUACGUGGAGAAUGUGCCCGCGUUACACUCUGUCCUCGUGUUUGUUUCUGUUAAAUCACUUCCUAUAAGCAAAGUUCCUGUAGAAGAACGGUUCCUCUUCCGGAGAGUGAAGCCAUGUGAUCUCUACGUGUUUCGAUGUGUGGUGAGAUAUGGAUACAAUGAUGUGCACAACGAGGAAGAGUCGUUCGAGAGAUUAUUGGCUGAGAGGCUGAAGGAAUAUAUACGAUACAAUUCCAUGCUUUCGAUGAAUGCAGCAAAGAGUAACAGAGUAUCAACAGAACAAGGUAGCAACAUGGAAUUGGAGAUUGAUUGUGAUAUACAAGAAGACGUUACGUUUUCGAGGGAGAGAGAUAUAGAAGUGGUGGAGAGAGCUUAUAGUGUUGGGGUUGUUCAUUUUGUAGGUGAACAAGAUGUGAUUGCAGGCAAAGGGUCUGGUAUUGCAAAGAGAGUUGUGAUAAAUUAUGUUUAUAAUUUCUUGAAGAGAAAUUUGAGGCAAAGUAGCAAAGUAUUUGACAUACCACACAAACGUAUGUUAAAAGUAGGAAUGAUAUAUGAGCUUUAGCA